GUGACUUUGGUUCAGAGUUUUUCUCAAUUUUCUAGUCAUGUUUUUUUAAUUGUCUUUUGUGGUUUGUUGAUUUUCUUUUGACUCUUUUCUCGUGGAAAUCACUUUCUUUCUGUGAUAUGAUUGUCAAUUUAUGAUUCUCUCCAUGGAUCUAAAAAGUAUCUUUAUUUAUCUACUUUUAACUGUUUUCCAUCCGAUUCUUUCAGCUCAUGUUCACUCUCAGAAUAAAGAACGAGUUGACGAUGGCUAUGGAAACGUUCAUCAUUAUGAAACUGAUGGAUCUCACAACCCUGAAUAUGAUCAUCAGGCAAUUUUAGGAAGUAAGAAAGAAGCAGCCGAAUUUGAUGAAUUAAGUCCCGAAGAAGCUAAAAGGAGACUGAAAACAUUGGUGAAAACAGCAAUAGAUGCCGAUAGUAAUGGUUAUGUUGAAAAAGAUGAAUUAAUUGAUUGGGUUAUUCGAUCUUUUGAAUCACUGGCUUUCGAAGAAGGAAGUGAAAGUUUUGCCGAAGAAGAUACUGACAAAGAUGGUUACGUUUCAUGGGAUGAACAUAUCAAUUAUAACUUUGAUGCUGAAGAAUUAAAAUUUAAAGAUACCAAUGGAAUGAUUAGUGAGGAUAAAAUUCUAUUCAAAACCGCUGAUAAAAACAAAGAUGAAAGAUUAGAUGUCGUCGAGUUUUCCGCUUUUUAUACUCCAGAAGAUCACAUUCAUAUGCACGAUGCUUUGCACGAGAUAACAAUGAAUAAAAAGGACAAGGACAACGAUGGUUAUCUUAGUUUCGUUGAAUUCAUUCGUGAUGAUCAUGGUAAAGUACCAGAAGUUUCUAGUGAAACUUAUAUUAUAGAAAAGGAAAGGUUUGAAAAUGAUUUCGACCUCGACAAAGACGGAAAACUUGACAAGAAAGAAGUUUUAAUUUGGUUGGUUCCCGAUAACAGAGAAACUGCCAUUUCAGAAGCCGAACAUUUAUUGUCAACAUGUGACGAUAAUUCAGAUGGAAAAUUAUCUAUUGAUGAGAUAGUUAAUCAUCAUGAUGUUUUCGUUGGCAGUGAAGCAACAAGUUUCGGUGAUCAUUUGCAUAAAAUUAAGCCUCAUGAUGAACUCUGAUAUUGGUUCUAAUUUAACCAAAAAUUAUAUCAAUCAACAACUACUUAAAUUCGUCAACAAUUAACUGGAGUUCAAAUAAGUUUUGAUUCAAACAAAGAGUAAAAAUCUCUCUACUCUUUGGAUUCGUUUUAAUAGAUUUAAUUUUUCAAUUUUAAAAUCCCUUAUCGGUUUGGAAAAUUAGUUCUUAUCAACUUCUUAUACUUAUUUGCUUUUGUAUCAAUUUGACUAAAUAAUAUCAGUGAUUAAAAUCAGAUAAAUAAGAUUACAACUCGAUUCAAAUUGUAAAUCUCUUCUAAAAAUAAAAAUAUGUACAUGAA